ACAGCUGCGGCGGCGGGCGGGCGCCGCCUCCCGGCACCCACCACGUCCGCCCCCGCGGCUGUCGCCCGGCCGCCCCAGCCCCGGCCGCCGCGGCGCCUCCGCCUCCCCGCGAGGUCAGCCGGCGGCUCCGCCCGGCGGCUGCCGCCCAGGAUGAACAUCAUGGACUUCAACGUGAAGAAACUGGCGGCCGACGCCGGAACCUUCCUGAGUCGUGCCGUGCAGUUCACAGAAGAAAAGCUUGGCCAGGCUGAGAAGACAGAAUUGGAUGCUCACUUAGAGAACCUCCUUAGCAAAGCUGAAUGUACCAAAAUAUGGACAGAAAAAAUAAUGAAACAAACUGAAGUCUUACUACAACCAAACCCAAAUGCCAGAAUAGAAGAAUUUGUUUAUGAGAAACUGGAUAGAAAAGCUCCAUGUCGUAUAAGUAAUCCAGAACUUUUGGGACAGUACAUGAUUGAUGCCGGGACUGAGUUUGGCUCAGGAACAGCUUAUGGUAAUGCCCUUAUCAAGUGCGGAGAAACACAAAAACGAAUUGGAACAGCAGACAGAGAACUCAUUCAAACAUCAGCCUUAAAUUUCCUCACUCCUUUAAGAAAUUUUAUAGAAGGAGAUUACAAAACAAUAGCUAAAGAAAGGAAACUGUUGCAAAAUAAGAGAUUAGAUUUGGAUGCUGCAAAAACCAGACUUAAGAAGGCCAAAGCUGCAGAAGCUAGAGCUGCACAACUAAACUCAAGUCGCCCUGAAGGAGAUAACAUUAUGGUAAAUUUCUCUUACAUGCUCAACUUCCUGCAUGUAAAAUGGCUGAAGAUUUGGGCAGAGGAAGUGACAAAAUCUGAACAGGAAUUAAGGAUAACUCAAAGUGAAUUUGAUCGUCAAGCAGAGAUUACUAGACUUCUGCUAGAAGGAAUCAGCAGCACACACGCCCAUCACCUUCGUUGUCUGAAUGAUUUUGUAGAAGCCCAGAUGACUUACUAUGCACAGUGCUACCAGUACAUGUUAGACCUCCAGAAACAACUGGGAAGUUUUCCAUCCAGUUACCAUUCUAACAACAAUCAGGCGUCAAUGGCAAAUAUACCGUCUUCUGCAUCAAAUGUGAUUGGUUCUUCUACCUUGACUUCAACAAGUGGCUUAACAAUGACAUCUUCUUCCAACAUCACUAACCUUAAAGAGAGCGGUGGCUGCAGGAAGGCCAGGGUUUUGUAUGAUUAUGAUGCUGCAAACAGUAGUGAGUUGUCACUUCUGGCAGAUGAGGUAAUCACUGUGUACAGUGUCGCUGGAAUGGAUUCAGACUGGCUCAUGGGAGAAAGGGGAAAUCAGAAGGGCAGAGUGCCAAUUACUUACUUAGAACUGCUCAAUUAAACAGGCGGGCCAUUGGGAGAUUACCCAUGAUGAUGCCAUAUUUAUAUACAAUUAACUGAAUAAAACAGGUUUAUAACUAUCUUCCUUGUUAAUAUCUUAAGAGACUAAAAAGAAAAUAUCUGCCAUCAGAUACCGGCCUUUCUGCCAUUGAAGUUGCAUGGUAAAUAUUUCAUCACACAAUUCAUGUUAGAGCUUUCAUGCCAAGAAUGUUUUCUUACAAAUUCUUUCUACUGAGGUUUUACUAAUAAUAGCAGCUUCUACUUUUGAGCCCCAACUGAAAGCAGAACUGUUUUCUACUGAAUUUUUCAUUAAUGCAAGCUUUUCCUUUUAUGUGAAAUAAAUUUAUUGUGAAUUGA